AUGGAUCCCUAUGACAGCGACUCUUCGUUUGACGAUGAGGGGGACCUCACAGACACUGGCGUGCUCCUAGGAUACGCCUCUGAGGAGUUGAUCGAAGACACAAUCAGCCACAUUGGAGGCAGACCGACCUGGAUUGAUGAUGCUACCCCACCUCCCGGCGAAUUCGCCAAUUGCAAAGUCUGCAACAGUCCCAUGCUUCUUCUACUCGAGCUACACGGCGAUCUCCCCGACCAUUUCCCCGAUAACGAACGACGACUGUACAUCUUCGGCUGCCCGAGAAAGCCCUGCAACAAGAAGCCCGGCAGCAUUCGAGCCCUGCGCGCCUCGAAGAAGCUGAAGAGCCAGCCCGCGGCUCGAAAGGUCGAAAAGCCCGAGCCCCCGAAGGAGGAAAAGAAGCCUGAAGCCCCCAAGCAGGAUCUUGGAGCGAGCCUUUUCGGCUCUACCUCUCUCACCGGAAGCGUUUCUGCCAACACCAAUCCCUUCUCGUCGUCCUCCGCCUCGGCGCAAACCAGCAGCAACCCGUUCGCUGUCCCUGCUUCGACUCCCACAGCCCCGGCCGCUGAACUGAACAAGCCUGCGCCCGACCAAUCUGCGACGGAAAACACACUCUCGGAGUCCUUCGCGGAUAAAGUUCGCGUUUCCUCCCCGCCUCCAACACUCAAGGCCCCCGAGGCCUCGGGACCUUCCGCCCCCUGGCCUGCCGAGUCUGCUUUCCCCAAACCCUUCAAGCACUUCUACCUAGACGCAGAGUACGAAGCCCUCUCGCGACCAUCCACACCGACCAUCCCGGACAAUGUCACCAUCGACAACACCGAGGAGGAAACCGGCGGCGGAUCCUCCGGCGAGCUGAAAGACGCCUUGGAGUCCCAGUUGGAUAAGGCGUUUAUGAAGUUCUCCACCCGACUAGCCCACAACCCCGAGCAGAUCCUACGAUAUGAGUUCCGUGGAACUCCCAUCCUCUACUCGCACAAUGACGCGGUUGGCAAAAUCCUUCAUGAUCCCAAGAACACCGCUCCGGGACAUGUGACGGUUGCCGGAAACGGGGCCCUCCGUAUCCCCCGCUGCGAGUACUGCGGUAGCGCGCGGGUUUUCGAGGUGCAGCUGGUGCCUCACGCUAUCAGUGUCUUGGAAGAAGACCGCGAAGUCGGUAUGGGAGACAAAGACGACGGUGGUAUGGAAUGGGGGACGAUCAUUCUGGGUGUGUGCGGCAAAGACUGCACUCCGGAAGACGUGGGUGUCACGGGCUGGCGUGAGGAAUGGGCCGGUGUCCAGUGGGAAGAAUUGAUGAAAUAG